CUGCUGGCUUCGUUCGGGAUCUACCUGCACAAACAAGAGUCUGCUCAUGCUCGAAUUCAUUUGCGGGCGGUAGGGCGGCUGCCGCGGUGUCUGAUCCGUCAUUCAAACACGAAUCCUCGUUGCCUUCUCCCCACUGCUCAGCUUCUUGCUACACCACUAUCACCAUGUCUACCUCCGGCCCAUCCCCGGGAUACUCCCCCUCCGCCUCGGCUUAUAUGGUCUCCUCAAACUACAACACAUAUCACUCUAACUCAGAUGAUGAGGUAGCUUCAUUGCCUUCUGAGUCCACCAGCGGUUCCGACGUCGGGUCGCUGUCAGACGACGACUAUUCGGAUGCAGACGAGGAAUGGAAAGAAAGUAUCCAGCAACUGGAAUUGCUGUUGACGAUGGUCCUAGUUCCGUUUAUUGGGAAAUACAUGGGUAGGCGAUGCGCCUAUUGGGGAUGGACAAAGUUCAUGGAAUGGAAAUACCCCGUGGAGAUUGUCGUGACAAACAAAGCUGCUUUCAAAGGCACUGGAGCUGUUGAGGCUGCGUCAUCAUUGUGAUUAUCCCUGUAGGGAAUAUUCAACCGUUCAUAGAAGUUUUCGCCAUGAGCGAUGGGAUCUGGCGUACGGUUUUACGCGGGUGGAUGAAGUCCUAAAUGUUCAUAAGUCUUAGAAGCAUCGUGCUUGCGCAAAUAUACAUUUGCAGAAUUAAUCAAAGCAGCUCUUCCAAUCCAGUUGAAGUUUCCAAGCACUGCAGACCUUCGCGGCCCUAUUUGACCAUGCGUUGGAGGCUAGGAAUUAUACAUUGAAAUCAACUAGAACCAAGACAAACCUAACAUCUUGCAUGAAUGUUGACUUCGACUGGUAGGUACUGAGAGAAGAGAGCUUCAUGGGUGGUGUUAAAUGCAGG